AUGCAGCCUGCAGGAGAGCAGCAAAUGGCCAUAGCACUUCCAUCUCUGGUGGGCGGGGGCUUGGGGAAACAGCCAGGAGAAGGCAAGGGGCAAGAGAUGGGAGCGCAGGGACACCGCGAGAUGCCCUCAGCCAGCAUUUGUGUGCUGGGGACAGAGAAGCUGCUGGGCCUGCAGUUUCCCUCCUCUCCGAGCUGCUUCCCUGGGCCUUGGCUGUUCCCAGCAAGGAGCACCUUGCUUGCAGGAGCCUGUGAGCUUUGUGGAGGUGGCUGUGUAUUUCAGCAGGGAAAAGUGGUGUUCCACAGGAUAAGAUCGUGUAAAGCACUGGGAGUUGAACAGUCAAUGUUCCGGAUCUGUGGACCGCUGUUUCUGGGUGCUUCUUUCUCGGGGCGGCGAGGCUGCAUUCCCCAGAGGAGUUUGCACCCAGAGGAAGAGAGGUGGAGCUCCUGGCGGAGGAUCUCUCUUUGGUCGCUGUCGAGGAGCAUGCGGUCCCUUGCCGCUUUUCGCCUGCAGCUUUCGAGGAAGGGCCUCGGUUUGGGCACUGUCUCUCUCAUUUUGGUUGAUUUGUUGGCCUCAGUUCCAAUUGGACUGUGUCAUAUUGUGUUAUCUUGCAUUCUGAUAUCAUCCUUAGUAAAUGAAUGUUCCUUCUCAGAUCGCUGCCGCUGUUCUGUUUGUAGAUCCAUCUGCUAUCUCCCUACCCUUUCCCCUUCUCCCUUUCCCCCUUUCUCGGGGCGUGGGUCUGUGGGUCUCCUGCCUCACCAGUCACGGGGCUGGGCUGGGCUGGCCUGUAAACUGUUUUCCUUGUUUUCUGGGCCGGUGGGCCUGUGGGCCUGCUGUCCCCCUGUCACGGACACAGACGGAUCUAGAGAUACCUCCGUGACAAAAGGGCAGCUCCUCCACCUCGCUUGCCCAGCCUGUCUUUUCUAA